CCAUCGGGGAAGUGGGAGGGGGCCGAGGCGCCUGGAGGGAAGCGCCUGUUGCCCUGCGAUCAGAGCUUCUAGCCUAGCAGCACGCUGACUCCAUAACCUGCCUCAGCGUUACUCGGUUCAGCUGCAGCAGCAUCGCGGCCGGCCCCCCAGGGAUCCAGCCCCAGGCGGUGCGGCGCAGGGCGGGCGAGACCAUGGCCCGCCUCUUCAGUCCUCGGCAGCCCCCCAGUGAGGACCUCUUCUACGAGACCUACUACAGCCUGAGCCAGCAAUACCCGCUGCUGCUGCUGCUGCUGCUGACCGUGCUCUUGGGGCUUCUGGCGCUGCUCCCUGUGGCCUGGGCAAGUGGCAGGGAGCUGGCUGCAGACCCAGCCUUCCUGACCACUGUGCUGUGCGCUCUGGGCGGCUUCUCACUGCUGCUGGUCCUGGCAUCCCGGGAGCAGCGACUGCAGCGCUGGACACGUCCCCUGUCAGGCCUCGUGUGGGCAGCACUGCUUGCACUAGGCCACAGCUUCCUGUUCACUGGGGGCGUGGUGAGCGCCUGGGACCAGGUGUCCUUCUUCCUUUUCGUCAUCUUCACUGUGUAUGCCAUGUUGCCCUUGGACAUGCGGGACGCCAUCACCGCGGGUGUCACCUCCUCCCUCUCACACUUGCUGGUCCUCGGGCUGUAUCUUGGGCCUCAGCCUGACGCCCGGCCGGCGCUGCUGCCACAGCUGGCUGCAAACGCGGUGCUGUUCCUGUGUGGGAACGUGGCCGGAGCCUAUCACAAGGCGCUGAUGGAGCGCGCACUGCGCGCCACGUUCCGGGAGGCGCUUAGUUCCCUGCACUCGCGGCGGAGACUGGACACCGAGAAGAAGCAUCAGGAACACCUUCUCUUGUCCAUCCUUCCUGCCUACCUGGCCCGAGAGAUGAAGGAGGAGAUCAUGGCACGACUGCAAGCUGGACAGGGGUCACGGCCAGAGAGCACCAACAACUUCCACAGCCUCUAUGUCAAGAGGCACCAGGGAGUCAGCGUGCUGUAUGCUGACAUUGUGGGCUUCACGCGACUGGCCAGUGAGUGCUCCCCCAAGGAACUGGUGCUUAUGCUCAACGAGCUUUUUGGCAAGUUCGACCAAAUCGCCAAGGAGCACGAAUGCAUGCGGAUCAAGAUCCUGGGAGACUGUUACUACUGUGUCUCCGGGCUGCCGCUCUCACUGCCAGACCACGCCAUCAACUGUGUGCGCAUGGGGCUGGACAUGUGCCGGGCCAUCAGGAAACUCCGGGCAGCCACGGGCGUGGAUAUCAACAUGCGUGUGGGCGUGCACUCAGGCAGCGUGCUCUGCGGGGUCAUCGGGCUACAGAAAUGGCAGUAUGAUGUCUGGUCCCAUGACGUCACUCUGGCCAACCACAUGGAGGCGAGUGGAGUGCCAGGACGAGUACACAUCACAGGGGCUACGCUGGCCCUGCUGGCCGGGGCUUAUGCUGUGGAGGAUGCAGCCAUGGAACACCGGGACCCAUACCUUCGGGAGCUAGGCGAGCCGACCUACCUGGUCAUCGACCCCUGGGCUGCAGAGGAAGACGAGAAGGGCACUGCAGGAGGGUUGCUGUCCUCUCUUGAGGGCCCCAAGAUGCGUCCGUCACUGCUGAUGACCCGCUACCUGGAGUCCUGGGGUGCAGCCAAGCCUUUCGCCCACCUGAGCCAUGUAGAGAGCCCUGUGUCCACUUCGACCCCUCUCCCGGAGAAGGCCCUGUCUUCCUUCAGCCCCCAGUGGAGCCUGGACCGGAGCCGUACCCCGCGGGGACUUGAUGAGGAACUAGACACCGGGGAUGCCAAGUUCUUCCAGGUCAUCGAACAGCUCAAUUCUCAGAAACAGUGGAAACAGUCAAAGGACUUCAAUCCACUGACACUGUACUUCAGAGAGAAGGAGAUGGAGAAAGAGUAUCGGCUCUCUGCACUCCCCGCCUUCAAAUACUAUGCAGCCUGCACCUUCCUGGUUUUUCUCUCGAACUUCAUUAUCCAGAUGCUGGUGACAAACAGGCCUCCAGCUCUGACCAUCACCUAUAGCAUCACCUUCCUCCUCUUCUUCCUCCUCCUCUUCGUCUGCUUCUCAGAGCACCUGACGAAGUGUGUCUUGAAAGGCCCCAAGAUGCUGCACUGGCUACCCACCCUGUCUGUCCUAGUGGCCACACGGCCAGGACUGCGAGUGGCUCUGGGCACCGCUACCAUCCUACUCGUCUUCGCCAUGGCCAUUACCAGUCUGGUCUUCUUACCAGCAGCAUCAACCUGCCCUUUCCAGGCUCCCAAUGUAUCCUCCAUGGCUUCCAACCUCUCCUGGGAGCUCCCUGGGUCCUUGCCUCUCAUCAGCGUCCCAUACUCCAUGCACUGCUGCGUGUCGGGGUUCCUCUCCUGCUCCCUCUUCCUGCACAUGAGCUUUGAGCUGAAGCUGCUGCUGCUGCUGCUGUGGCUGGCGGCCGCCUGCUCCGUCUUCCUGCACUCCCACGCCUGGUUGUCCGACUGCCUCAUCGCCCGCCUCUAUCUGGGCACCUUGGACUCCAGGCCAGGGGUGCUGAAGGAGCCCAAACUGAUGGGAGCAGUCUCCUUCUUCAUCUUCUUCUUCACCCUCCUAGUUCUGGCUCGGCAGAAUGAAUAUUACUGCCGCCUGGACUUUCUGUGGAAGAAGAAGUUGAGGCAAGAGCAGGAAGAGACAGAGACGAUGGAGAACCUGACUCGGCUGCUCUUGGAGAACGUGCUCCCUGCCCACGUGGCCCCCCAGUUCAUUGGUCAGAAUCGGCGCAAUGAGGACCUCUACCACCAGUCCUACGAGUGUGUGUGUGUCCUCUUCGCCUCAGUCCCAGACUUUAAGGAGUUCUACUCUGAAUCCAGCAUCAACCAUGAGGGGCUAGAGUGUCUGCGGCUGCUCAAUGAGAUAAUCGCUGAUUUUGAUGAGCUGCUCUCCAAGCCCAAGUUCAGUGGGGUGGAGAAGAUCAAAACCAUCUGCAGCACCUACAUGGCAGCUACCGGCUUGAACGCCACCUCUGGACAAGAUGCACAGCAGGAUGCUGAGCAAAGCUGCGGCCACCUUGGCACCAUGGUAGAGUUUGCUGUGGCCCUUGGGUCUAAGCUGGAUGUCAUCAACAAGCACUCAUUCAACAACUUCCGCUUGCGUGUAGGGUUAAACCACGGACCUGUAGUGGCUGGAGUGAUUGGGGCCCAGAAACCACAGUAUGACAUCUGGGGCAACACGGUGAACGUGGCCAGCCGCAUGGAGAGUACAGGCGUCCUGGGCAAGAUUCAGGUAACAGAAGAGACAGCCUGGGCCCUGCAGUCCUUAGGCUACACCUGCUACAGCCGGGGCAUCAUCAAGGUCAAAGGCAAAGGGCAGCUCUGCACCUACUUCUUGAACACAGAUUUGACACGAACUGGACCUCCCUCAGCCACCCUAGGCUGAGAGCCCAACCCCGUCCUCUCCAUCUCAUCUGUAAGAUCCUCAGUAAAGAGACUCUGGUGUGUCUGGGCUAGAAUUGAUGUCAGAGGCUGCUAGUUUAGCUGAGGAGCAUCUUCUCCUCACCGCUCAGUAGGACUGCUUCUUCCCAGGCCAAACUGAA